AUGGUGACUGUGCUUAUCCUGCUUGUGCUCUUCCCAUAUACAGAGUCAUAUGACCUGAAAUCCAAUAAGUCAGCAUUGGUGGAGCUCUCAGACUUCCUUAUGGAUGGCUACCACAAAGGGGUAAGACCCGUGCAGAACUGGAGAAAAACCACCACUGUAUUUAUAGAAGUAGCCAUAUAUGCAAUUCUUGGAGUGGAUGAGAAAAACCAAAUUGUGAAGAGCUAUAUCUGGUACAACCAGUCAUGGGUGGAUGAUUUUCUUAAGUGGGAUCCGAUCCAGUUUGACAACAUCACUCACAUCUACCUUCCCACACAUUCAGUAUGGCUUCCAGAUAUUAUGAUUGAAGAAAUAGUGGGCGCUAGAGAGUCUACAGACGCACCGUACGCCUUUGUGAAGAACAAUGGCAGAGUUUUCAAGAACAACCCCAUACACAUAAUGACUUCCUGCAGUCUUGACAUCUACUAUUUCCCCUUUGAUAUCCUGAACUGUUCCCUCUCGUUCAGAAGCUGGCUUCAUUCAACUCAGGAAAUAAACAUUUCUUUUUGGAGAACACCAAAGGACAUGCAAUUAGUCAAAGAAUCUUCUGAGAAUGAGGGAGAAUGGGAUAUAGUAAGCGUGGUGCCCUGUUACGAAGAAACCACCGACAAUAGCCUAAAGUUUGGUCAAAUUACAUUCUACGUUGGUAUCAGGAGAAGACCUCUCUUCUACAUUGUGAAUCUGAUUCUCCCCAGCAUUCUCCUCAUGAUCAUGGAUAUUAUUGGCUUCUAUAUUCCACCAGAGAGUGGAGAGAGGAUAUCUUUCAAGAUCACUCUUCUUUUGGGCUACUCUGUGUUCCUCAUCAUUGUAUCUGAUACAUUACCUGCAACCGGAGCUCCAUUAAUAGGUAUAUACUUUGCUUUGUGCAUGCUUCUGCUUUUGAUAAGUCUAACACAAAGCAUCUUGAUCGUCCGAUCGUUUUAUCAGUGCAAUCUCAGGCCAGAGGUUCCCAAGUGGUUAAGAACAUUAGUCCUGGAGAAGAUGACACUUUUUAUCUCCAUAAAGGGUCGAGAACGACCUGAUGUAUCUGGUCCUGGAACCUGUUUUCAUAAUGAAGAUGCCAGCAGUGAGAUACCUGCCGACUACAAGACUGAAAAGGAAAGUGAAUGUUAUGUGCCAGCACAACUGAAAACAGUGUACAUGAAAUACUUGGAAGCUCUAAAUCACAUUGCGAAAGAGAUCACAGGUACCUUUCCUUCUGCUUUUCUGCUAAUAGACAACACCCCAGAUACUAAAGAAAGUAUUCCAGAUAGGAUUCCUGUUAAUACGGUGGUAGUAGUGGCACUUGUAUCCAUGGUGGUGGUGGUAACAGGGGCACUAAUAGCCAUGGUGAUAUUGGCACUUGGGUCACAUACAGAGUUAGGAAUCAAGUGGGGUGCAAGGAUCCAAUGA